AUGUCCAAACUAAGGCCUGAUUACAAAGGGGACCGCACUCCUCACAGCGACGAGCGAACACAGACCGAGGAGCAGCACAGCAGCGACAGUGAGGGAGCUCUCCCUGCAGCCGGCAGCUACACCGAGGCCAGACCGUCCUCUUCUGGUCACAUCAAACGACCCAUGAACGCCUUCAUGGUGUGGGCCAAAGACGAGAGGCGCCGCAUCCUCCAGGCCUUCCCCGACAUGCACAACUCCUCCAUCAGCAAGAUCCUGGGCUCGAGGUGGAAGUCCAUGUCGAACCAGGAGAAGCAGCCGUACUAUGAAGAGCAGGCGCGGCUCAGCAGGCAGCACCUGGAGCGUUACCCUGACUACAAGUACAAGCCCCGCCCCAAACGCACCUGCAUCGUGGAAGGACGCCGCCUCCGCGUCGGCGAGUACAAGGCCAUGAUGAAGAGCAGGCGGCAGGAGCAGAGGGGCCCCUACGCACACAGCCAAUCAGAGCCGCAGCAGAUCCACUACCCGCCGGCCGACGCCCAGUACCACGGAGGGACCGCCCCCGUUUCCGUGGCGACCAUGUCCUUCCACCCGGCGCUGCUGGAGCACUACUUGCCCCAGGUCGGCUCCGCGGUACGGCGAGCCGAGGCCCAGGCCCCGCCCCCUCCGGCCUCAUCCUGGGACAGAGACCUCAGAGACCACACCCCCUACAGCGCUGGGGAGGAGAGCGACGGGGGCGAGCGCAGCGAGGGAGAACUGGUGCUGCUUACUGACUGA